AUGCUGAGGUUUGCGCGUACUUUUUCAUCCUCCAGGCAUGUCCUGAGAGGCCAAAAUAUGACCGAAAAAAUCGUACAGGCUUAUGCUGUAGGUCUGGCGGAGGGAAAGAAGGUUGGAUCCGGUGACUACGUCUCGAUCCAGCCUGCCCAUUGUAUGUCUCACGACAAUUCAUGGCCUGUAGCUCUCAAGUUUAUGGGUUUAGGUGCGUCGAAGAUCAGAAACCCAAGGCAGAUCGUCAACACAUUGGAUCACGAUGUGCAGAAUAACACGGAGAAGAACCUAACAAAGUACAAAAACAUUGAAAACUUCGCCAAGAAGCACGGCGUUGAUUUCUACCCAGCUGGCCGCGGGAUCGGCCAUCAAAUUAUGAUCGAGGAAGGCUACGCCUUCCCUUUGAACCUUACUGUGGCUUCGGACUCUCAUUCCAAUACCUAUGGUGGUAUCGGCUGCCUUGGUACUCCAGUGGUUCGUACCGAUGCUGCUGCCAUUUGGGCUACCGGCCAGACUUGGUGGCAGAUUCCUCCCGUUGCACAGGUGGAGCUCAAGGGUGAGCUUCCUCACGGAAUCUCAGGAAAAGACAUCAUCGUUGCUUUGUGUGGUAUUUUCAACAAUGAUCAAGUACUGAACCAUGCAAUCGAAUUUACCGGAGACUCGCUGGAAAAGAUCCCUGUAGACUACAGACUGACAAUUGCCAACAUGACCACCGAAUGGGGUGCUCUUUCGGGGCUGUUCCCUGUAGACAAGACCUUGAUCAACUGGUACAACAACAGGCUUCACAAAGUGGGUCCAAACCACCCAAGAAUCAAUCAACAGAGGAUCGACGAUCUAGUCGAAAAGUCGAAGUCCUUGAAAGCGGAUAACGAUGCCACUUAUGCGAAAAAACUAGUAAUCGAUUUGAACACAUUGACUCAUUACGUGUCUGGCCCUAACAGCGUCAAGGUCUCCGCAACUGUGCAAGAUUUGUCGCAGCAAAACAUCAAGGUCAACAAGGCUUACCUAGUGUCUUGUACGAACUCACGUCUGAGCGACUUGGAGGCUGCCGCUCACGUGGUAUGCCCAACUGGUGACUUGAACAAGGUCAACAAGGUUGCUCCAGGCGUUGAAUUCUUUAUCGCCGCCGCGUCGUCUGAGGUUGAGAGAGAUGCCAAGGCCUCUGGCGCCUGGGAAAAACUGCUCCGUGCUGGUUGCAAGACGUUGCCCGCCGGCUGCGGCCCCUGUAUUGGACUGGGCACCGGUCUGUUAGAGCCCGGCGAGGUUGGCAUUAGUGCUACCAACCGUAACUUCAAAGGUAGAAUGGGGUCCAAAGACGCUUUGGCAUACCUGGCUUCACCAUCAGUUGUGACCGCCUCUGCCCUUCUCGGUAAAAUAGGGUCGCCUGCUGAAGUGCUAAGAGAGCAAGAGCCUUCUUUCAGCGGUGUGAAAGCGUCGGUAGAAGACACACAAUCCCAAGCCAAAGAGGGUGCUACUGCUUCUGACAAGGGACCAGUUGAAAUGCUGGAGGGCUUCCCUUCUGUUAUCACAGGUGAAUUGGUACUCUGCGACGCCGACAACAUCAACACUGACGGUAUUUACCCUGGUAAGUACACCUACCAGGACGAUGUCACGCGCGAAAAAAUGGCACAAGUGUGUAUGGAAAACUAUGACGCCGAGUUCCAGACUAAGGUCAAUGCUGGAGACAUUGUCAUCAGCGGCUACAACUUCGGCACAGGCUCUUCUAGGGAGCAAGCGGCAACUGCAUUGCUGGCUAAGGGCAUCGACCUUGUUGUUUCAGGCUCCUUCGGAAACAUCUUCUCCAGAAACUCCAUCAACAACGCCCUGUUGACAUUGGAAAUCCCAGCCUUGAUAGAAAUGUUGAGAGCCAAGUACCGUGAUGCUCCUAAAGAGCUCACUAGAAGAACUGGUUGGUUUUUGAAGUGGGACCUACCUAACAGUACCGUCAUUGCUACUGAGGGCUCUUUAGAUGGCCCUGUCGUGCUCGAGCAAAAGGUUGGAGAAUUGGGCAAGAACCUACAGGAAAUUAUUGUUAAAGGCGGUCUUGAGGGCUGGGUUAAAUCUCAACUGUAA